AUGGAGAGGAUUAUUUCACUUGUAGUUCUUGCUAGCUUACUUAUCAUGUUUGGCUCAGAUGCUCCUAUGAAUGUGUGUCCCCACCGCCCUCGCCGCCCUUGCCCCCUCCACAAAAGAUUAUUACUCAUAAAGAUAAUGUCAGAUUACUUUACAUACAUCGCGAAAACAUCAAAGAAGAUAUUGACACAAAGAGAACAUCUCAAGAUCCACACGUAUAGUCCAAAAUAUGAGGAAUGGGAAUCAGCAAUAUAUCUUCCAACAUCACACGACGUUUGA